AUGGCAGGGAUGACUCGCGAGAGGAGAGUUCUGAAGCUUACCGAGAUCGCUUUAAACGCACACCAGUGGAAUAUGCCAUUGGCUCGCGUGAUUCUCCCGGAUAAAAAGGGAUGGAAGCACCAGGGCAUAAUCACAGAGCCGUUCAACGGCGCUCUUACCCCGGAUCCAGAGAAGUCGUGCUAUGAACUGCAGGGCUGGACACCCAAGGUCCACGCCAACACGGCGCUGCGCGAGAUCGUCACCUCUCGCAAUGGACUUGUAACUCGGACGUCGAAACUAGUGCGGCCGUUUGUGUCGAUGCAGCACAUCUAUUAUCUUGGACAUUUCGAUAGCAAGCCAGCCAAUAUGCUCGUCGCCCGUCAGCCGGGCCCACGUCAUGUCGAGCUCUUACCCGGAGUCUCUGGGCUUCGCGCUUCUUCCCUUGCAUAUUAUGAGGUGUUUGCCCACAUGCCGAAACUCAGCACGCAUGUUACCGCCCAAUUCCAUCAUGGGCUGGAGAAAGAAGAGUAUACUACGCUUCUGUACAACGUCGAUGUCAUGACAUUUAAGCUCAAUGUGGCUCGAGCGGCAGCCCGCCAAAAACUCAAACUCGCCGUCGAGAAAGCCAUGAUGAAACUCGGCGAUGAAGCUGAGGAAGUAGCCAGCAAAGCUCUUGCGGAGAAGGUGCAGGCGAACAUGCUUCCUCCUAGACUCGUGGCCGCGCAGCGUCGACGCUUUGGCGAUGAGAGUGGAUCUACCCUAUCAUACAUCGUUCAAUUCGUCGAGGAGAUUCGGCAAGAAAAGGGAAAUAUAAGUAAGGAUAUCCAACGCUGA